ACCUUCCAUCAUUCAUCCAUCACUGGGACACCAGAGACCAGAAUAUGGAUCCCAUGGAGAACAGCACCUAUGAUUAUCCUGACUAUUCUGGAACCCUGGAUCCCAACAUCUUUGUGGACAACCAUUCCGACAAGCUGAAACCUCUGGACAUCGUGGCCUUGUCCAUCUAUGCAAUGGUGUUCUUGGUGGGAGUGCCGGGCAAUGCCCUGGUGGUAUGGGUGACAGCCUUUGAAGCCAGGCGGGCGGUCAAUGCCAUCUGGUUCCUCAACCUGGCGGUAGCUGACUUCCUCUCUUGCCUGGCGCUGCCCAUCCUGUUCACCUCCAUCAUUCAGUACAACCACUGGCCCUUUGGGGAGACCGCCUGCCGCGUGCUGCCGUCCCUCAUCCUGUUCAACAUGUAUGCCAGCAUCCUGCUGCUGGCCGCCAUCAGCGCCGACCGCUUUGUGCUGGUGUUUAACCCUGUCUGGUGCCAGAACUUCCGAGCCACUGGCUUGGCCUGGGUGGCCUGCAGUGUGGCCUGGGGCCUGGCUCUGCUGCUGACCAUACCCUCCUUCCUGUACCGCGUGGUGCACAAAGAUCACUUCUCCUCCAAGACGACGUGUGGCACUGACUAUGGCCGAGGCAGGAGGCACACAGAACGUGCCGUGGCCAUCGUCCGGCUGGUUGUGGGCUUCGUGUGGCCGCUUCUCACCCUCACUAUCUGUUAUACCUUCCUUCUGCUCCGGACAUGGAGCCGUAGGGCCACACGGUCCACCAAGACGCUCAAGGUGGUGGUGGUAGUAGUGACCUCCUUCUUUGUCUUUUGGCUGCCCUACCAGGUGACAGGGAUGAUGAUGGCUUUGCUUACCCCAGACUCAUCCCUCUUUAAGAAGGUGAGCAAAGUGGACACCCUGUGCAUCGCCUUUGCCUAUGUCAACUGCUGCAUCAACCCCAUUAUCUACGUGGUGGCUGGCCAGGGCUUCCAGGGCCGACUGCGCAAAUCCCUGCCCAGCUUGCUUCGGAACGUGCUGACUGAUGAAUCCGUGGCGAGGGAGAGCAAGUCUUUCACACGUUCCACAGUGGACACCUCAACUGAGAAGUGCCAAGCUGUGUGAGGGGAGGACUCCUAGGUCACCAUGGCCCAUGUCCCCCUUCCUUUGUGGCCACUCUUGCUCAGCUUGUUUUAACUCUGCUCUCAAAAGGGUGCUGUCAUCUCCGUGAACUCUUCUUCAUUCUUCUUGUCUUUCUCAGAUUUGUGGCUCCUCUCCCAAGCUGACUGUCCUCAUCCUUCCUCACUUGCUUUUAGGGAGCCCUGACCUGUCUCUUCAUCCUAGAUUUUUGAAGGAAACAAACAGAAGCUAAUGUAUCUUUAGUGUCCCAGAGGGCAAUAUGUGUCUGCGUGUGUGUGUUGUGUGAACAGAGGACAUUCAAAUGCUUGCAAAUAGAAACAGUCUUAUCAAAAAACCCCAGUUAUAUAUUUAUUUAAUGGAGAGUUGGAAAAAUGUAACUGGCAGCUCAAAAGUUAUAUUCUCCUUUAAUACAAAACAAAAGUACCCGGAGCUAUCUAAGCUCUUAUAAGUGAGUUGAUUUAAAGAGAAAUAUUAAAUUAAAA